GGAGGAGGGAAGGGACGGGGGAAGAAAAGAGAAGCACCUUUGGUAUGUCACCAGCGUUCCAGAGAAUGACAAUCAUAUUUGCCGGUUAAUCAGGGUUUUGGAAUUGACCAAGAGGAAACGCAUGUUUUGUGAUGAUGACACAAUCCUUGUUGGCAUAGUUGUUUAACAUGAGGGAACUCCCACAAGGAAAGGCUUAAAAGCACUUAGCGAGGGCUGAGGCACUUCUCAGACGCUGCCAGAAAAGAGAGGGAGUGUUUGCGUGUUGAUUUCGGUUCCUAGUAGAUGUCAGAAUGAACUCCGGCCAAGGCUUCUACCACUUCUCUUCUGGAUCUCUCAGGGGUGCUUCAGGAUGCAGCUUCUCACACAUCGGAGAUCCCUACAGAGCUGGCACUCUGCACGGAGGAAGUGGCUGUCUACCUGUCCCCAUGUCCUUUGGAGCACCCACCUGGCUAGCCUCUGAUGCCGGGGCAGGCUGGGGGGGCUUCGGCGGGAGCCACGGGGACAUCUUCAUGGGAAGGAACGAGAAGCAGAUGAUGCAGGACCUGAACGACCGCUUGGCCUCCUACCUGGAGAAGGUGCGUUCUUUGGAAGAGGCCAACACUCAGCUGGAGGGCUGCAUCCGGGACUGGCACAAGAAGAAGUCUCAGGGCACCAAGCACGACUUCAAGGAUUACGAACAAAACAUCUCAGACAUGCACGAGAAGAUUGAGACUAAACGGGUUACCAAUGCGAGCAUCGUGCUACAGAUUGACAAUGCUAAAAUGGCCACUGAGGACUUCAGGCUCAAAUAUGAGGCAGAAAAGGCCCUGCGGCAAAGUGUGCAGGAUGAUGUUGAGAACAUUCGCAAGGAACUCGACAACAUGACAAUCAUCAUAACAGACCUGGAAAUGGAGAUCGAAGCUCUCCGAGAAGAUCACAUCCUUAAGAAGAAGGAACACGAGGAGGACAUGCAAGCACACGGCGCUUCCAAGGACUUCAAGGUGAAUGUGAAGGUGAAUUCUGCUCCACAAGAAGAUCUGGCCAGGAUCCUGGCAGGGAUAAGAGCGGAUUAUGAAGCCAUUAUUGAAAAGAACCGCCAAAGCCUUGAUGCCUGGUUCCAGCAGCAGGUCGCUAGUGAGUCUAUGGAAGAUGCACCCAGCCAGGAAGAACUACAAAACAACCGGAAGGAGAUCUCAGACCUGAACCGCACUCUGCAGAACCUGGAAAUCGACCUGCAGACACAGCUGAACAAGAAAUUCGCCAUCGAAAACACCUUGGAUGAAACCAAGUCUCGCUACGCCUUCCAGCUUCAGAGCAUCCAACAUGUCAUCUCCAGAUGUGAAGAAGAGCUCAGUCAGAUCCGCAACGACCUCAGGUCUCAAAAUAACCAAUACAAGGUCCUCCUUGGAAUCAAAACCCGCUUGGAGAAGGAGAUUGCGACUUACCGCGAGCUUCUGGAUGGAAAGAUUGAUGGAAUGACGGGCUCCACUUCAAGCUCUAGAGGAUAUGGAUCUCCCAGCCAACAUCUAACAAAAAUCAUUCAGGAUAGUGUGGAUGGACAAGUGGUUGCCACACAUACUGGUGAAAUCAAACGGCAAGCUUGAGGUCAGCACUUUGAAGAAAAGAAGCACUUACACGCAGGAAAGAAACCCCACAGAAGUCCAGCUUUCUAAGAGAAAGAACCUUGUUCUUCAUUCACUGAUAUACUUUGGGAGCCUUGAAUCUAUUUCCCCGCCCCCUUUUGCCAUUUACAUGUUGUCACCCAAACCAAUUCUAAUUUUAUUUAAUAUGAAUGCAAAUAGUUUGUCCUCUUCUCUUGGCUCCUACUUCUUUAAAGAGAACAAUACAAAUAAAUUAAAAAUGUCAUGGAGUUA